AGCCCAUUUACAGCCCAAAAGGCCCCUUUGCUCUCCCACUCUUCCUAUCAUCUCCCCGCUCCCGGCGACGAUUAAAUCCAAUAAGCAAAACAGAUACAGAGAAAAAUCAGAAAAGCCAUGACCAUCAACAUUAAUCUCCUCAAAAUCCAACACCAACCGUUGCAUUUCCGAAUUUCCCAGACUACCCUUACCCGCCUCCUUCCCCCCUUUCAGGUGUUUAUCAGACUACCCUUCCAAUCAUCUCCCCUUUACUUCCCCAUAACCGCCCAAUGCUUCAAAAUUUCAUGCAUUUCCAGAGUUGAACCGUCGGUUUAUUUCGACGAAGAAGGAGAGAGGGAAGGACCAAACGAUGGGCCUAUUACGGAAUUUGAAGACUUGGCACCCAACGGUGUCGUUUUUAGGAAGACACUGAGAUUGGUGGAGUGUUCCAUGUUUGCUGCUGUUACUGGACUUGUCUACUUCUUGAGCAAUUCCCUCGCGAUUGAGAACUACUUUGGGUGUUUCUUUUCAUUGCCGAUCGUGAUCUCCUCUAUGCGAUGGGGUGUUGCAUGUGGGAGGAAGCAAUUGGUGGCGACGGUUGUGUUAUUGUUCGUCUUGUCUGGCCCUGUAAAAGCCAUAAACUAUCUGCUUACCCAUGGAAUAACUGGUUUCACAAUGGGUGCUUUAUGGAGGUUGGGAGCAGAUUGGAAAGUCUCGAUUUCCUUGUGCACACUUGCUCGAGCGAUUGGCUUGGUGGGCUAUGUCUUGACAACAUCGUUCUUAAUUAGAGAAAACAUACUGGGUUUGAUCACCAUAAACAUUCAUGCUUCUCUCUCGUACAUCUUCGCCGCGAUUGGCAUCAAUUUGAUUCCAUCGAUGAACUUCAUUUAUUCCUUAUUCGGGACUUUGGUUUUGCUCAAUAGUGCGUCCUUUGUGUUCUUGCUGCACCUCUUGUAUUCAGUGUUCCUUACCAGAAUGGGAAUGAAGACUUCAUUGAGAUUGCCAAGAUGGCUGGAGAAAGCUAUAUAAUGGUAAUCUAUGUUACUCAGGCUUCUGUUUUCUUUAAAUUAUCGGACCCGUAUCCGACACCUGUAUUGUAUCCGAUUCGUAUUU